CCACGUGUUCCGUGGAGCAUGGCGGAGAUCAAGAGUUGCGAUGUGGCGGAGCCUGUUUCUACCCAAGAUGCGACGCAGGUCGACCGCCAUGGCCUGCUGGAGCAUAGCCGCGAGUUCUUGGACUUCUUCUGGGACAUUGCAAAGCCGCAUCAGGAGACGCGGCUUGAGGCCACCGAGAAACUGCUGGAUUACCUGCGCACAAGGCCGACGGGAUCCGAGAUGAAGUAUGCCCUGAAGCGCCUAAUCACUGGACUGGGGACGGGGAGAGAAACCGCUCGGCCGUGCUUCAGUCUGGCUCUGGCACAGCUGUUACAGUCUUUUGAAAACAUCCCUUUGUGCAGCAUCCUGCAGCAGAUACAAGAAAAAUAUGAUCUGGAGAAGGUGAAGAAGGCAAUGAUGAGAUCUGCUCUCUUUGCGAACCUGUUUGGGGUCCUAGCCCUCUUUCAGUCUGGCCGGCUGGUAAAGGACCAGGAGGCCCUGCUGAAGUCGGUAAAGCUGCUGCAAACCUUGGCCCAGCACUACAACCACUUACACAGUCAGCCCCUGAAGGCCCUUAUGGACAUCCUCUCUGAGGUCCCAGAGGCCACAUUCCAGGAGAUCUUGCCGGAGGUCAUCACAGGUGACCUGAAUGUAGUUCUCAGUUCCCCUCACCACCUGGAGCUCUUCCUAUUGGCUCAGCAGAAGGUGCCCACAAAGCUCAAGAAGCUGAUGGGAUCAGUCGACCUGCUGUCAGAUGAGAAUAUUCCCAGUCUGGUGAAUGUACUGAAGAUGGUGGCCACCUCUGUGAAGAAGGAACACAAGCUGCCCAGCCUGGCUUUGAACCUGCUCCGCCUGGCACUGAAGGAGGACAGGUUCUCACGGUUCUGGAAGGAAGUGGUAGAGCAAGGGCUGCUAAAGAAGCAGUCCUGGCCAGCCUGCUACCUGUGUUUCCGUCUGCUGGGUGCAGCCCUGCCCCUACUAUCCACAGAGCAGCUACAGUUGGUGAUGCAGGGAGACUUGAUCCGCCUUUUCGGAGAACACACGGUCACUACUAAGCUCCCGAACCAGUUCAAGUUUGUCCCAGAAAUGAGCGAGUACAUUGGCACUUUCCUGGAGGGGAGCCAGGAUGACCCUGAGCGGCAGUUGGCUGUGCUGGUGGCCUUCUCAUCCAUUACCGAACAGGGUGUCCCUGUCAUGCCUACCUUCUGGCGGGUCACGCAGUUCCUGAAUCCCCAGGCCCUGCAGGACUAUGUGGCCUGGCUUCAGGACAUGUUUCUUAAGCCCAACCUGGACUCCUUGAUUGAGUUUAGCACCAACAACCAGAAGAAAUCCCAGGAUGCUUCACUCAACAUGCCUGAGCGAGCUGUGUACCGUCUGCGGAAAUGGAUCAUCCACCGAAUGGUGAACAUUGUGGACCAGUUGCACCAGGAGAAGGAAGAGGCCUUGAUUGAUCGGGUGGCCAGGUUUUGUUUGUUCCACUCGUUCUUUAAAACAAAGAAUCCCGUGGAUCAGAUUCCAGAGACUAAGCAGCAGCUUUCCAUCCCUCUGGAUGUCCGCACCAGAGAUUUCAUCAUCACCGCUUUCUUCAGCCUGCUACAGACACUCAGCAUAAAGUUCAAGCAAGCACCAGACCAGACCCAGGGUGGGAAGUCCUGGACGUACCACCUGGUGCAGUUGGCAGACACACUGUUGAACCACAGCGGCAACGUAGACGCCAUGACACCCUUCACAACGGAGCAGCGCCAGGCCUGGGACCAGAUGCUAGAGACCCUGAAGGAAUUAGAGGCCCGCUCCUCAGAGGCAAAGGCCACUGCCUUCCAGCACCUCUUGCUCCUGGUGGGCAUCCAUCUCUUCAAGUCCCCCACAGAGAGCUGUGAUCUCCUAGGCGACAUCCAGACCUGCAUCAAGAAGAGCAUGGGGGAGAAGACCCGCCGCCGUUCCCGUGCCAAAGCCACUGACUCACAGGAACCACCAUGGGUGGAGGUGAUGGUGGAGAUCCUGCUGUCCCUAUUGGCCCAGCCCAGCCACCUGAUGCGCCAGGUGGCCCGGAAUGUGUUUGGCCACAUCUGCCCCCACCUGACCCCACAUGCCCUGCAGCUAGUCCUGGAUGUGCUGAACCCUGAGACAAACCAGGAUGAGGAUGACAACGUGGUGGUCACUGAUGAUUCCGAUGAGAAGCAACUAAUGGAUUCAGAGAAUGAGAACAAGGACAGUGAAGACAAUCGAAACUCAGAGAGUGAAGAAGAUAGUGAGGAUGGAGAGGAGAGUGAGGAGGAGGAGCGUGAUGAGGACGUGGACCCCGGCUUCCGCCAGCAGCUAAUGGCUGUGCUACAUGCUGGGAAGGCGCUGGGUGGAGUGGAUGGUGAGGAGGAUGAAGAGGAGCUGGGGGAUGAAGCCAUGAUGGCCCUGGACCAGAACCUCGCUAGCCUCUUUGCUGAGCAGAAGCUGCGCAUUCAGGCCCGGAGAGAUGAGAAGAACAAGCAGCAAAAGGAGAAGGCACUGCGGGUGGCCUUCCAGAUCCGGGUGCUGGACCUGAUUGAGGUGCUGGUGACCAAGCAGCCUGAGAACCCCUUGGUCCUGGAGCUGCUGGAACCGCUGCUGAGCAUCAUCCGGCGCAGCAUGCGCAGCAGCAGCACCGCCCGGCAGGAGCAGGAUCUUUUGCACAAGACGGCCCGCAUCUUCAUGCAACACCUGUGCCGCGCCCGGCGCUACUGCCACGACUUGGGUGACCGGGUUGAGGCUCUGCACACAAGGGUGGAGCAGCUUGUGCAGCAGGCCACCCGCCAGGCCGACUCCUCUGUCGCCCUUUACUACUUCAAUGCCUCUCUCUAUCUGCUGCGUGUGUUGAAGGGCAACACUGUCAAGAAGGUCAUCCACAAGAGCCAGAAGCAGAAGAGAGCCAGCACCAACACAAGCUCCGAGCCACAGGAGCCACAGGCUGCCAGCUGCUUGGACUUGAACCUUGUGACCUCGAUAUAUUCAGGAGCACUGAGUUCCUUCCUGACCAAGCGCAACAGCCCACUCACUGCUACCAUGUUCCUCAACCUCUUCUCCCGGUUCCCAGUGAUCUGUAAGAACCUGCUCCCCAUCCUGAUUCAGCAUGUUGCUGGCCCGGCAAGGCCCCGCCAUCAGGUCCAGGCCUGCCUGUUGCUCCAGAAGACUCUACCCAGGGGGGAGCUGAGACCAUGUUUUGAGGAACCUGAGUGGGAGCAGCUGAUUGUCCAGAUUCUGGUGAAGGUUACUGAGAAUCUGCGCACGCUGGGGGAGGCGCAGAACAAGUCGGAGCACCAGAAGGAGCUAUCUUCCCUGGGGCUGCUCAACAUUCUCCUCAAGAGUCACAAGAGGCAGGCUGGGAACCUGACCACACUCCUAGACGUGCUGCAGGGCCGGCAACAGAUCCUGCAGCAGAGCUUGCAGCAGGGAGAGCACUUGAUUGGCUCCACCCGCCUCCACGACCUCUACUGGCAGGCCCUAAAGAUGCUGGGAGUCCAGCGCCCCAAGUUGGAGAAGAAGGAUGCCAAGGAAGUUUCCAGUGCCACCCAGAGUCCUGUUAGCAUGAAGCGGAAGAAAAAGGGGUUCUUGCCAGAGACCAAGAAGCGUAAGAAACGCAAGUCAGAGGAUGUCACAGCCAUAGCCACCAGUGAAGACCAGCCCCCAAGCACAGGCAAAAGGAGGAGGAAGAAGAUAAAGGCCAAGUCCUCAAAGCUGCAAAACAGAAGCGAGAAGUUGUCCCAAGUGAAUGGAGUCACUCCCACAUCCCCAGCAGAGCCUGCAGGCAAAAAGCAACAGCAGAAGGCUCUUCCCAAAAAGGAGGUCUCAGGCAAAUCUCCACAGACCGCCCUGCCUCGGAAGAAGGCAAGGCUGUCUUUGGUCAGGAGCCCUAGCCUGUUCCAGGGUGGGGCCAAGAAAAAGCGAAUGAUGCGCAAGAAGGGGCGAGCGGCGCAGACGCCCGCCUGCCCUUCCUCCUCCGCUACCAGAAGCCCCGUAGACUCCUAGUUUUUUCACAGUUAUUUUAAUAAAUAAGCUGCAGUCUAAGAUACCAACUGCUGCCUCUGGGGAGUGGGUCAGUUGUUAGUUGUCAGGCCAUAUUUCCCCAGGGGUCCCAGGGUGGUACAACCAGGAGCUGUGGUGUUAAGUCAGGCCAGUGCAGGUGUGAUCAUUUCCUGAGUGCAACCCCCACCCAUCCCUAGACCAUUUUGCAACAGGAGCCAUCAGGACAUGAUUUAAAUAGGUUUAUUUCUUCAUUUACAAGAGGAAUAUAUUUGGCUUCUCUCUUAAGACUCUGAGAUUCACAAUCAGCAGCUCUAAAAAAUAAAGGAGCAGUUUGGCUUCCGGAAGGAAGAGGAGGCAA